ACUACGUAGCUGAACGCCAAAUAAAUUCUUAUCAAAAGGGCAUUCAGCAUCAGCUUGGCAUCAUGCGUGGUCUGAUCCAAAGAUUGGAUGCUCGAAGAAAAAGAAGUGUACAUUCCCCUACUGUUGAUCACUCGGGCUAUGCAGCGGAUGACUUUCCCGAUGCCGAGCAUGAUUCACCCGCUGCCCGAUAUGACAUGGCAUUCCAUUGCACCGAAGAAGUACCAGACACUCCUAUUCGCCAGCCACCUAUUAUUGGUAACAUUUUGGGGCACAUUCAUUACUGCAUUAGUGCGUAGAAAAUAUGUCAAAUUGUAUUGGGGUUCAGUUAACUAAUCUGUUGAUACUCCACACAAACAGCUGAUGACGAAGUAGUCGUCUGUGACCCCUUACCUUUGCGUUCUAUGACUGUGGCCCGAUCCCAUAGCAUUGGGAGGCAACGGAGAGUGCGUCGGAUGGCUCCCAAUGUAUUGUCACCAUUCAUAGCGCAGGCACAAACCCGACAUUCUGCCAUCAAGAUGGACCUAAAAGAGGCAGCUGCAACUGUAUUUGAUGGGGACUUAGACCCCAGGCAUGUUAUAUCAUAUACUACUCCAAUUUCAAGUGUUUCCACAUGUAACAAAUGGUAUUACCCUAACAUAUAUGGUUUUGUUGGCAGCGAGGAGCUUGUUUCAAUGCACGACACAAGUUUAACCAGAGGCAACCUCGCGUCUUUCCAGGGAGACUGUUGGAUUGGCAAUGAUGUCGUGGAUGCAUUUUGUCGAAUGUUGCAAUUCGAUGAUGAAUCAAGGACAAAACUAUUUCUCUCCCCCUACAUAGCUGAAAUGGUGAUUCGUUCCAAUGCAAAACAUUUGACGCACGAUGCAAUUGUUGCGCGUUUUGAUCCAUAUAUGUAUGCCUUUGAUGGUUCGUAUCAGAAUGUUACUCAGGUCUACUUACCGGUCCUUUUCAAAAACCAUUGGACACUUUAUGUCUAUGACUUGCAUAACAAACGAAUCUAGCUCUUGGAUUCUCGGCCUGGAAGAAAAAGGAGUUGUAUGAGUGGAAUACAACAAA